AUGUGUCUGUAUCUGGAGAGAAAAAAUCUGAUACAAUUUGAUCUGCCCUCUUCUCUGCACCUCCAUACCCUGUGCCCUCACAGCUUUAAUAGGAAAGCGCCCGUCUUCUGUUAUGUGCGAUGGCACUUGGCAGCCUUAGCCUUCUUUGGCUUUUUCGUUGUGUACACUUUGCGGGUGGCACUGAGCGUGGCCUUGGUGGAGAUGAUAGACAGCAAUGUCACCUCCAAACAGAACGGGAGCAUCGCGGCAUGUGCACCUCAUUCAAAUUCUAGUCCUCCACUAAAUGUCAGGAAGGGCCACGUGUAUAACUGGACGUCGGACGCUCAGGGAUGGAUCCUCGGUGCUUUCUUCUAUGGUUACAUUGUUACUCAGAUUCCUGGCGGUUACCUGGCUCUCCGGUUUGGAGGGAAGCUGUUGUUGGGUUUUGGAAUAAUGGGCACGGCAGUCUUCACACUACUCACUCCGCUGUCUGCCGAUCUGGGCUACAAACACCUGAUUGCGCUGAGGGUUUUGGAAGGCCUGGGAGAGGGAGUUACCUUCCCCGCCAUGCAUGCCAUUUGGUCAAAAUGGGCCCCUCCGCUGGAACGCAGCCGACUGAUCAGUGUAUCUUAUGCAGGUGCACAGUUUGGAACUGUAGUUUCACUCCCAUUAUCAGGAUUAAUUUGUUAUUAUCUGGCCUGGCCGUACGUAUUUUACAUAUUUGGUGUGUUAGGAAUAUCCUGGUGUAUCUUGUGGUUCUGGCUGGUUAGUGACACACCAGAAAAACACAAAACCAUAUCUGAUGCCGAGCGAGAUUAUAUUAUUUCUUCUCUUGAAGGCCAGCUUUCUUCAAAGAAUAUUGUGCCAUGGGCAGCCAUAUGGAAAUCUCUGCCAGUUUGGGCUAUAGUUGUGGCCCAUUUUUGCGACAAUUGGACUACAUACACAUUACUGACACUACUGCCAACAUACAUGACCGAAAUUCUACAAUUUGACAUUAAAGAGAAUGGCUUUCUAUCUGCAUUGCCUUACCUCGGCUGUUUGCUGUUUAUGAUCAUCGCUGGGUUAGUAGCUGAUUUCAUGAUGGAAAAGUUAAAUUUCACUACAUCAGUUGUCCGUAAGAUUUUUACCUUAAUAGGUAUGAUUGGACCUGCGGUAUUUCUGGUUGCCACGGGAUAUAUUGGAUGUAACGGCUUAUUAGCUGUUGUGUUCGUGACCAUAUCUACUACACUGGGAGGUUUAAGCACAUCCGGGUUCAGCAUUAAUCAUGUGGACAUUGCACCAUC